GGCGGCCCAGCCAUCUUCUCUAAAUUCCCCGUCAACGACACCGAUAAUUCCGUCCUGGCGUCAUAAGUGGUGGCAUUGAUAUUAUCUCGCAAGCGCGCUCUUUAUGUUUUAAUAGGAAGGAGAGUCUCGCGAGAAUUGUUUCAAGCCGACUAUCAUCUCCAACGCUUCGGCUAAAUCUGGUCGGUCGCAAUCUGCUGGCACUGCUAAACAGCGCCUCGAGAGUAUCGCAAGGCUUCGACCAUAAAUAUUCUUCUAUCACGAGAAGUAAAGUUGCAUUAGCAGCAUCGUGAACUUAUUGGACUAUCUUGCCCUUCCCGUUCACGACCCGUCCCGAUUCGGCUUAGCGUCGCUCUGUCACGCCCACCUACUCAGGUACCGACGCACAGUAUUUCUUCGGGUGAGUACACUUUGGCGGAUGCUCAGAACAACAAGUCAAACCAUCUCUCCAAGCUUUUAACACUGCAAUAAACGCCUUUGCACUCACUGCAAAAUUGGCGGUGCGCUGAGAUGCAAGGCAUUUCCAGUGCUAUUUUAACUAAACUAAUUCGCCCUCUAGCAAACUUCUCGUUACUCUGGCCCAUGAUUGCUUGUUCCUAAAUCCGUACUCCCUCGCUCUGCCAACAUGCAGUCGUGGCCGAAUCAAGGCCAAGACGACGGCAGCGGCCAGAAUAACUGGCCGCAGCAGUUCGCCUACAAUGGUCAAAACGCGCAAUUUGACCAAGCACAGGCAUGGUCGCAACAAGCCGGCGCAUUGCCCUCGAAUUUCUACGAUACCGCGACGCAACAAAACACGAUGCUAGGAACCGAUCUCGAGCCGAAUAUUCAUGGAGAGAGCCCUUUUGGCAAUACUAGUAACAAUGGUUAUCCUGCUCAAGCGUUCUCCCAUAACAAGCCAGCAACCAGUUCAUCUGGCCAGACAAUAACUCCCGAGCAGUUGGCAUAUAUGCAACAGAAUGGAACGGGGUUUGAGCAACAGGCGUAUCAACAGCACGUGUUGCAGCGCCCAGAUCAGAUACAGCUCAAUCAGAUGGGUACACAGUACUCAACCGGGAGGCCAACGCCGCAGCAUGAAGGCUCAUUUGGACAGCAGCAAGGCUUUCCUCAAGACCAGGCUCAAUUCCAAAACUUGUAUCAGCAGCAGCAGCAGUUACAACAGCAACAGCAGCAGUUACAACAGCAACAGCAACAGCAACAGCAACAGCAACAGCAACAAUUACAACAACAACAGCAACAACAGCAACAGCAGUCUACAGCAGCCAUGCCACCUCAGGCAAACCAGGCACAACACUCGUCCCAGCAUGUUUUCUCCCAGCAGACCCCUCAGCCUCAGCUUGCGCCGGCACCAAACGCGCCAAACCAGACUCAGUUCAUCGCUAUACCCCCACCAAUUGCUGAUCAGUCUUCUGUAAAGAAGCGCAAAAGAUCAGUCGAUGCCGCUUCGCCAAACUUGGCUACACCAGCCGCUACUACGUCAACAUCCAAGAAGCCUACUGAAAUUGACUCGUUUGCUCCGCCAGUGUCUAAUAAUGAUGAAAUGCAGCUUCUCUCUCAGGCAGAUCUCCGACUUAGAACCGGACAAACUCGAACUGCACCGAUAGCUGGCGUACCUCACCUUGCCUUCCAGGGGCUCAUGACACUUCCUGCACCCAAGACCUACGAUAAGCUGGCUCCUCUGGUAGCACUCCCUUCUCGCUCGGGCAACCACCUUAUGCCGGGCAUUGGCUAUGAGCUCCCCUGCGAGAUUCAAGGUCACUUUACUCACGACUUUCAGCCCUCACCGGAAAAGAGUGGAUUAGAAGAUCGAAAGACGGAGUCGAAAUUGUUACUCGACAAGUUCGAAGCAUCUAUGAAAAGUCUUGGAAAGCGUCGACCGAAAUAUACCGAGUAUCCACACUCUUUUAAGGAGCAGCUCAAAUCUGAUGAAGCCUUAAAGAAUAAAGCCGGGAAGAAAGUUAAGAAGGGAAGUCAAAAGCCAGCACGCCCAGCGACGAGACCUACAGAUAUUGCCGAUGCGGCCGAAUGGGAUGUAAUUGGCAUUGUCCAACUAGACGAAUCUACAACCCGAACCAGUUCGCUCAUCGCCACACGUGUGCAAGAAACGGCAGAUUUGUUUAUCAAACUCAGGGCAGAAAUGAACAAGAGCAGAAAUGAAGCCGACGAAGCAGUUAAAGACAAGAAGCCUGAACAAGAAGUCACAAGGCUUAAAGCAGAAGCUGAAGGACGAAAGAAGGCGUUCUAUAAGGCUCUUGAUGCCACUGUUGAAUAUGCUGAUGACGCAAUUAUGGAUAAUCUUGGCGGCCAUCAGAGGAUGAUCUCCAGUUUGAUUAAUGCCCUCAUUGGCUGCAUUAAACUGGGAGACUUUAGUGGCCAGCUGCCGAAAAUAGUGCUCGAGCUCUUCACCCACUUCCGAAUGACUCGAAAGAUUGCUGAAACAACUAAUUUUGACACGGUAUUAAAGAGGCUGGAAGAUAAGGGAGAUAAUGACGUUAAGGAGAUGGUGCGCGAGAUUUCAGCCAAAGCCAAGAAGUUCAAGGGCGAGCUUGACACGGCAACUGGUUAUACAGGAACUUCUGCCGCAAGCAGAGCAAAGGCGCCACCCAAGGCUGCUGAGGCACAGCCUGCAAAGCGUAGCCGCGAUGAUGAUGCGGAUACUAGGACUGUGAAGAAGAUAGCUGUCGAGUCUACUGGCAGCUCUUUGAGCAAGAAACUAUCAUCCAGACCAUCUACAGCGCCAAAGGCCGCUGCCGCAGUGCCUGCGAAGACAAAGCCUCUGGCGAAACCGGCCGCAAAGGUUGAACCGGCGCCCCCUGUCACAGCCGAAAACAAAAUCCAGGAAGAAGAGGCCAAAGCACCAGCCAAAGGAGACGUUGCACCGGUUACCAAGCCUGAAAAGGCAGCACCAACCAAGGCACCUUCAUCGACAAGUACCUCAGUUGUUACGGGUAUCGCAUCACUGUUGGAUUCCAUUAAUGCAAAAGCACCGGAACCGGCUGCCAUUGCAUCGACGAAAGAUGUUACCGAAUCCGAAGAUUCUGGAACUCCUGAAGAUAGCGCCCGUCGUGCUAGAAAGCUUGCUCGAAGCAAGUUAAGAGUCACAUGGAAACCCGACGAAGACCUGGUACAAGUCAAGAUCUUCCACAAGCAUGACGCAGAAGAUGAAGGUCGUGAGAGCAAUAUGAUUCGCGAUGCCGCCGAUGAUAAAUCGGAGGGUAUGGUUCUGAAGCAAAGAGUCGAGAUGGAAGACGAUGAAGACGAUGACGACGUCCCAUAUCAACCUUGGGUUGAGCCCACGCUCGCCGACUUGUCACUGCUUCCAGAUACUGCAAAGGAGAAGAAUUAUGUUACGCGUGGUGGCCAGGUGACAUUUUCUACUGAUGAACAAACGGUAAUCGCGGAGAGGGAGCUGCGUGAGCUUAUGGCUAUCUAUACCGAUCCAUCUGAUAUCCCCACUUCGCCGAGAUCUCCUCUGUUGUCUGAAACCCGCACUCUCGAGCCUAAAGUAUGCCAGCUUCCCAGCAAUGACCCAAAGUUUACAGAAAUUCAGCGCCGAUGGGCGGACGAGCAACAGAUGGGCAGAGACGGUGCCUUUUACUCAGCUAUGGGCCGCCUAGACUCUACAAGUCAGUCAUCGGCUGGGCUUGAUACGAUCUUGGGUCGCCUAAAGGAAGUUGCGGCGACAUCCACACAGUCUGGUGCUAAAAAUGGCGCGAGCGUUAAUGUGCCACUUGUUACCGGCCGCGCUGUCGAGGAACAAGUGCUUGGUUGGUUACGUUCCGAUAGAGUCAAAACGUGGACCGAUCCGAACCCUAUGCGACUCGACAUGUCUAGACCCUAUUCUUAUAAUGAUGCUACAUCUCAAGCUGCGGGUGUCGUGAUUGAGGCAUUGUGCAAGUAUCUCGCCAGCAAGCCAUAUCCUCCCACCUCACCACCAGACUGGAUGGCACAUCUUGAAGAGAAAAGCAAGGAGUGGUGGUUUGGCUAUAAUAAGGAGAUGGCAUCGAAGCAAAGGAAAGCAAACGCCGAGAUGCAAGGCAAUGACCAACGUGCAACCGGCGUCCCGAACCAAGAUUGGACAUCAUACUAUGGGCAGCAGCCUGAGAUGGCACCAUACAUGUCUAUACUUCAGCAGAUGAUGGGCAACCAACCGCAGGCCGCCGCACCAACACAGUCGCAGAUGGAUGAUUCACAGCUUCAGUCCAUUUUGGCUGCCAUUAAUCAAGGCCCACAGCAACAGGGAGGUGCUGUGCCCCCACCACCACCAGUUCAGGCGGCGCUAGGAGGAUAUUCUGAUCCGAUGCAGCUCUUGUCCCAGAUGGCGCAGAGCCAAGCGAAUGCAUCAAACCACUUGUCGCAUAACUCGGACAGAGACAGAGACAACGACGGCGAUCAUGACCGUUACGAUCGGUCGUCGUAUAGAGACGACUACAAGGACGGGCGUAAAAAGAAGCCUACGCUGCCACCUCAUAAGCCAGCCAACAAAGCUCUUAUUGGUACCAAAGCGUGUACCUUCUGGCAGCAGGGUAAAUGCGCCCGUGGUGACCAAUGUACAUUCCGACAUGACUAAAAGAGUUCGUGGAGAUGAAACGAAGAUGUACAGUUCGGCACGCGAUUGCAUUAGUCAAUCAUCUAUCAAUGUGUUUUUUUACGAUAAGAGCUGGAGAAGCAGCAUGUCACUUGGGUGACAUUUCAUGAUGUUCUAUUUUACAAAGAUAUACCGAAAUUCGGAUGUGUAUAACUAUUGUUGAUUCAUUAGGCGUUGGCGAAAAGAAGGAGUAACAAAACUAGACGUUUGGUUUUGGAUGGGCGUCGAUAAAAUUCGAAUGCUAAUACCCCGUAUUGUAUCAGUUCGGGUUUGCUAAUUUCAUUGACCACGCAAUAUAAUUAUACCAAAAACGAAAUAUAAAAUUAAUUCUUUUACUUGUAUCCAGUGCUUUCACCUAAUCAUGUGCUCUUCAUCUCAGCAUCCGCAGUCGGCCGCUGGACUAAGCCUCGUAAGCUCAGGUCAUAAACAAUAUCCUCAACACGCUUUACGUCGUAUUUGACGGCAUCGGCUCGUUUGCGCAGAAUAUCGUUCUUCAAGUUCAGUAGCUGGAAGCCGGCAAACAGGUCCUUGACGAAGGCACUAAUGGUCAUGGGUAGCUCAAAGUCGCCCAGAGUAACGGCGUUUGUAGCGAGACGACCCAGUUCUUGAGUAAGCUCUGUUAGUGAUAACAGGUACUCUUCGAUAGUGAAAUGGAAGACGUCCCGAUCCUUAACAUUGGUAGGA